AUGGCCGUCAGAGACGAACUCCUACAUCAAUGGUUGCCAGCCUCUGGGCUGAGGCCCGCCCAGUUGUCCCAGAUCCUAGACGUCAUGCGCGAUUUCGGCACCGUUCGCAAGUGGGCGGCGCCGUGCCCGGACGAGACCCCAGGCAGCAGUGAUGCGACGUGGAUGGUUGGGCGAAGUUUUGUAGUCUUGGCGACCAUCGAGUUGUUCGAGGAGCUGAUCUACUCCAACGGGUGGGACGGGAGGUACACAGACGCAAUUAAGUCCAAGUUGCGCGUGACAGACUUCCUCGACUACGAGUCGGUUCGCACGGCCCUCGACGAGGUUGGCAACCAGAUUAAGGCAGAGAGGUUGCAGCAGCAGGGCAGUGCGGAUAGUGCAGCAGACGGGGCAAGUGGUCCUUCGAGCGGCGCUGCCCCACCGCCGCCACCAGGCACUGGCAUCGCAGCAAGCACGACUCCCGGAGCAGCCAACGGUAACGCCACGACUGAAGGCGUCGACAACCUCAGCGACACGGAUAAGGACCACUGGGAGCGCUACAUCGACAAAUUGAUUCGGACGUAUGUGCAGCUGAUCCCAGAUCAGAAGACCAACUCGGCCCUCGAGCUUCUGAUCAAGCAAUGCCCACUCGCCAACCUGGCCUACACUCAAGAGGGCAUCACCGCCCGCCGCAAAGUGCUGCGAGCCACGCCAGGCAGCGCUCACCAAGUGGAGUGGUGCCACGCGGUCGCGAACUCCAAGAUCAGUCUUCCUGAGAGGCAGAGGCUCCACUACGAAGGCUCGACUGGGGGCGAUGCACCUAUGACUGAGAAGAAAACAGAUAGUGCCAUCGUGCCCGCGUGCUACCGUCCGAUGCCGCUGCUGUUUUACUUCGAGAUGAACAAUGCGUUCUUCGCGAAGCUGGUGGUGGACAUUACUCCAAUCUCUGGGGUCUUCGCGUGGGCUUGCCUGUUGUCUCGCGUGGGCUACGUGGGGAUUUGCUUCGCGCAGGAGCACGCCGAGAUGCUCUUCGAGUACUUGAAGGACAAGCUGAAGGAGGAAAUGUCAGAUGCGACUUCGAAGCUAUACAACAGAGACUACGCCAAGGCGAUCGGCAAGCUUGAGACGCCAACCGAGGAGCAUGUGAAGACGGGCCGUGGGGCCGUGGCCGCCGCGGCCGUGGCAGGGGCGAUGAUGUUGGCGCUGCUGAGCUUCAGCCAGAUGACGCUGACGGUGCUGAUGUGCCUCCAGUGCCGGAGGGGGAGGCCGGGACCGCUGGCGCUGAAGACGUAG